CAAACACAGAAAACAUCCUGGAGGGCGUGGUAAUGCUGGUGGUAUGCACCAUCACAGGAUUAACUUUGAUAAAUAUCACCCUGGUUACUUUGGAAAAGUAGGCAUGAGACACUAUCACUUGAAGAGAAACCAAAAGUUCUGCCCUACUGUCAAUUUGGAUAAACUGUGGACGCUUGUCAGUGAACAGACACGGCUGAAUUAUGCAAAAAACGAGGCUGGACUGGCCCCCGUCAUCGAUGUUGUGCGCUCAGGCUACUACAAAGUCCUGGGCAAGGGGAAGCUGCCCAAGCAGCCUGUAAUUGUGAAAGCGAAGUUCUUCAGUAGAAGAGCAGAGGAGAAGAUCAAAGAAGUUGGAGGUGCCUGUGUGCUUGUGGCAUGAAGGCCUUUGGUUUAUUCAAAACAUUUGAAUAAAGACAAUGUGUAAAAAUGUGCUGAUUU